AAAGCAAAAACAAACAAAAAAUAGGCUUAAAGCCAGCAUCCCUCACGUUCUCAUGGGACCCCUGGUGUGAUGGAAGUAUGCACACAGAAAAGGCUGAGAAUCUGGAGAUAAAGGGAGGGAAAAGCUGGCCAGCACUGGUCCUAAGGAACACUUGGGGAGAGGAUGGAAAAGCCAUACCUAGGGAGUGAACUGCGGAGGGAGAGGCAUAGCGGUAUGAGGACUGUGGAUAAUAUAUUGUUUCUUCUUUCCCCUUAGUUCUACCCCAAUAGGGAUAAUCUGGGAUUUGGUACAAAUCUCUCACCCGAGCAUGCCUUGUGUUCUCCACCUGGGUCCUCAUCUCUCACCUGCCCACCACUUGCUGCAGCCCUGGAUCUCGUCACCCUCAAUGUUUCUAAGCUCAUCCUGCAUCCGUACAAGGAGCCCAUGCUUCCUUUGCAGGGUUGCUGAGACUCCACAACAUGCAGAGGGUAGGAUGACCCGGCUGCCACCUCCUCGCCAACACGAGUCCCCACGGGUCUGCUCUACCGGAGUACUCCCAGCCACGCACGAGGCACUCCACAACCCAGAGCACUCCCAGCCACCCGUGAUGCACUCUGGUUGUUUGCUAGAAUCAGAUUGUGUUCUAGAAUCUUGGCUCCUCCAUCCAAUGUUCUCCUGGCUCUGGAAUCCCAUUGCUACUCCAGUACAGAAGGGCAGGGUUUUGCUGCAUUUUUCCUGGAAAGUGCCUGCUUCCUUCAGUUUUCCGCCAGACUUGUGUCCCCACUGAGGGUGGUGCACUGAGGACGCCAUGCGGUGGCGGGACCGCUUCGCUGUGCUCUACUUUCCCCAAGGAAUGUCACUCAGUGCGGUUUCCCUGGGGCUCUUCUUCAUCCACCUGAGUGUCUUUGCCAGUGACUUGAACAACUUUUACUUCACCCACCACUACGAUCGCAUGAGCUUCCAGUACACAAUCGUCCUGAUCUUCUCCCAUGUGAUCAGCAUCUGCUGGGCUGCUAUGGGGUCACUCUUUGCAGAGAUGACAGACAACAAGAAUUUCCAGUGGUUUGCCAUGAUCAGCCUGAUACUCAAUGGAAUCAUGUUCUUCAACCGUCUGUCUCUGGAGUUUCUGUCCAUCCAAUACCGGGAGGAGAACCACUGAGGCCUGGGGACAGGGCUGAGAGAAGGGAGAAGAAAAG